CAUUUUCUCUCUGAAGUUGGCAACACUACAUGAAUGUGUUCGCGCGUCACAGAUAACUCCACAAUAGCAGAUAGCCUAAAUGUGUUCAUGGUAGUUUUAUGGAAAAGAAGGAUGUCAUAUUGAGCAAUCCACGCCAUUAAUCGUUAACAAAGUUUACAGACAGGUGAGAAAUCUUUUCCACCAGAUACUGGACUUUGAUUUGGACUCGUACCAUGCGACAAGCGAACAUUGUGUAUGGCAGAAAAGAAAUUAAAGUCUAAAUUCUCUUCAGACUUCAAGUCAUGUUGAGCUGACUGUUUUCACAAACCAGUGCUGAUAUGUCUGCACUGGUUGUUUAGCUGCAGUAAUGUCAGAGGAGCGAGGAAAGGACUCUCUCUCUAAGAUGAGUCUCUCAGAGAAACAGAGUGAAAGCUCAGACUCCGUGUCUGUGACGAGUGACCACUCAAAAGGUGGUGGACCAAACUUCAGUGAAGAAACACCAUCAGCUAUUGAAAGUGAAAGAUCAGACUUGUCCAGCUCUGUGUCUGUGAAGAGUGAUCGUUCAAAAGGCGGGGGACCAAACUUCAGUGAAGAAACACCAUCAGCUACUGAAAGUGUAAGAUCAGACUCAGAUGUGUCCAGCUCCGUUUCUGUGAAGAGUAACCGUUCAAAAGAUGGGGAAGGACCAAACUUCAGGGAAGAAACACCAUCAGCUACUGAAAGGCAUUUCAUCAGUGUAAGAUCAGACUCAGAUGUGUCCAGCUCUGUGUCUGUGAAGAGUAACCAUUCAAAAGAUGGGGAAGGACCAAACUUCAGAGAGGAAACACCAUCAGCUACUGAAAGUGAAAGAUCAGACUUGUCCAGCUCUGUGUCUGUGAAGAGUGAUCAUUCAAAAGGCGGGGGACCAAACUUCAGUGAGGAAACACCAUCAGCUACUGAAAGUGUAAGAUCAGACUCAGAUGUGUCCAGCUCCGUUUCUGUGAAGAGUAACCGUUCAAAAGAUGGGGAAGGACCAAACUUCAGGGAAGAAACACCAUCAGCUACUGAAAGGCAUUUCAUCAGUUUACAUGUAUCCAGCUCUGUGUCUGUGAAGAGUAACCGUUCAAAAGAUGGGGAAGGACCAAACUUCAGAGAGGAAACACCAUCAGCUACUGAAAGUGUAAGAUCAGGCUCACAUGUGUCCAGCUCUGUGUCUGUGAAGAAUGACCGGUCAAAAGGUGGAGGAACAAACUUCAGAGAGGAAACACCAUCAGCUACUGAAAGGAAAAAAUCAUUCAUGAAGAGUGACCAUUCAAAAGGUGGUGGACCGAACUCCAGCCAUAGAAAAACAUCAUCUACUAAAAGGGAAAGAUCAGGCUCAGUUGAGUCCAGCUCAGUGUCUAUGAGGAGUAACAGUCCAAAAGAUGGCGCACUACCAAGCUUCAAUGAGAAAACAACAUCUACCAAAAGUAACAAAGGACAAAAUACCACAGUGAAUAUUGGUGCAGAAAUUGUACGGUGGGAAAGUCUAAAGGUUCAAAAGGGAAUAAACAGUGAUGUGGAACUGGCAUCUUUUCUUCUCAAUAGGAUUCAGUAUGAGAAAAAAACAGACUUUCAGAGUUACCGCUUCAAAAAGUUCAGAGAAAAUCUCAUCUGGGUCUUUCAGGACCUUGAGAACAAAAUAAUUGUAUUCCUAAAGAAUGAGCUGGAAAGGUUUAAGAAAAUACUAAAAAAAGAGAACACCCAAUACUUUGUGCAGGACUUUAUAGAGGACAUGUGUAGUAUCAAAGAAGCAGCUCUUGAUAUCACUCUCCACUUCCUAAAAAUUAUGAAGCAACAUGAACUUGCAGAUACUCUAAAAGAUGAGCUUGUCUUCAUUCAUCAACGACAACUUAAAUCGAACCUGAAGAAGAAGUAUCAAUGUGUGUUUGAAGGAAUUGCAAAGCAAGGUGACUCCACACUUCUGAAUAGCAUCUACACAGAUCUCUAUAUCACUCAGGGUGGCAGUGAGCAGGUCAAUACUCAACAUGAAGUAAGACAAAUUGAGAUUUCCAGGCGUGCUGAAUCACAAGAGAAAGAGAUUGAAUGCACAAAUUUGUUUGAAUCACCUGAACAAGGCAAGGAGAUCAGAACUGUAUUGACUAAAGGAGUUGCUGGCAUUGGUAAAUCCAUCUCUGUGCAAAAGUUUAUUCUGGAUUGGGCUGAAGAAAAAGAAAAUAAAGAUAUCAGCUUCAUAUUUCCUCUUCCAUUCAGAGAGAUGAACUUAAAGGAGAAAGAAAAACAAAGUUUGAUGAACCUUGUAAGUCAGUUUUUCCCAGAGGUAAAAGGAUUGAACCUUACAAGAAAUGAUAAAUUCAAAGUCCUGUUCAUUCUUGAUGGAUUGGAUGAAUGUCGCCUUCCUUUAAACUUCAAGGACAAUGAGACAUGGCGUGACGUAUCAUCACCAGCCUCUCUGGAUGUUCUCCUAACGAACCUCAUCAAGGGAAAUCUGCUUCCUUCUGCUCUCAUCUGGAUCACCACCAGACCAGCAGCUGCUAGUAAGAUUCCUCCUGACUGUAUAGACCGCGUGACAGAGGUCAGAGGGUUCAAUGAUGCACAAAAGGAGGAGUACUUCAGAAAAAGAUUCAUGGAUAAAAAAAUGGCCAGCACAAUCAUUGAUCACAUUAAAAAAUCAAAGAGUCUCUUUAUCAUGUGCCACAUCCCAGUCUUCUGCUGGAUUUCAGCCACUGUUCUCCAAAACAUUUUGGAGGAUAAAAUAAGUAAUAAUCCAAAAAAUCAGACUGAGAAAGCCUCUGAAACACUGCAGGAAUCAAAUACUGAAGACAUUCCCAAGACUCUGACACAAAUGUACACACACUUUCUCCGCUUUCAGAUCCAGCAGAACAGAAGAAAGUAUGAUGGAGAAUAUGCACCAGAUGUUUCCUGGGAUAAAGAAGCCAUCAGUUCACUGGGGAAACUGGCAUUUCAUCAGCUGGAAAAAAACAACCUGAUCUUCUAUGACAAAGACCUAGAAGCCUGUGGUAUUGAUGCCUCUAAAGCAUCAGAGUAUUCAGGCAUGUGUACCCAGAUCUUUAAGGAGGAAACAGGGAUCAUUCUUGGUACCAUGUACUGCUUUGUUCACAUGAGCAUUCAAGAGUUUAUUGCAGCCCUUUAUGCACAUCUGUUUCUAGACAUCGACCAGAAAAAUGUGUUUGGUCAAGAGUCUACAGAACAACGAAACAAAAAUGAAGCCAUGAUUGAUUUGCUGAAAACUGCAGUGAAUAAGGCACUCGCGAGUGACAUUGGACAUCUGGAUCUUUUCCUUCGAUUCCUUCUUGGUCUAUCACUUGAGUCUAAUCGUCCACUCUUACGAGGACUGUUGACCCAGCAAGACCGCAAUGAUCAGAGCAACAAGGACAUAGUUCAGUAUAUCAAGCAAAAGUUAGGAGAAAAUUUAUCUCCAGAGAGGUCCAUCAAUCUGUUCUACUGUCUGAAUGAACUGAAUGACCAAACUCUGGUUAAAGACAUUCAAACACAACUUAGAGAAGGAAGUCUCUCAUCUGCUGACCUUUCACCUGCCCAGUGGUCUGCUGUGGCCUUUGUGUUGUUGACAUCAGAGAAGGAGCUGGAGGACUUUGAGCUUCAGAAAUUUAAGAAAUCAGACGAGUGUCUCAUUAGACUAUCAGCGGUCAUCAAAACCUCCAAAAAAGCUCUGCUAAAUGACUGUAACUUAACAGACAAAAGCUGUUCAGCUCUGGCUACAGUUCUUGGAUCAGAUACCAAUCUGAAAGAGUUGAACAUGAACAAUAAUAAUCUGCAGGAUUCAGGAGUGCAGCUGCUUUGCACUGGACUGGAGAGUGUAAAGUGUAAAUUGGAGGCACUUUGGCUCAGUAAGUGUGAUCUAACAAAGGAAAGCUGUUCAGCUCUUGCUUCAGUUCUCAGUUCAGACUCCAGCUCUCUGAAGGAUCUUGAACUGAACAAUAAUAAUCUGCAGGAUUCAGGAGUGAAGCUGCUUUGUGAUGGACUGAAAAAUAACUGUAAACUGGAGAAAAUCAGACUUUCAAACUGUGGCAUCACAGAAGAAGGUUAUAAAGUUCUGGCUUCAGCUCUGAAAUCAAACCCUCUAUCACACCUGAUAGAGCUGGAUCUCACAGGAAAUGAUCCUGGACAAUCAGGAGUGAAGGAGCUCAAUGAUUUACUACAGGAUCCAGACUGUCAACUCAAGAUGAAGUUUUUGGGUCCUGAUGCCGAAAAAGCCUGUAAAUAUCUGACUGAAGAUCUUCACAUUAAAAACCCGUUACUCCUGAGAGAGCUGAAUCUGAGUGGAUGUGAACUAGAAGAUACACAAGUGAAUCGGAUCGCUGCUCUACUGAAGGAUAAACACUGUACACUCAACACACUGAAGCUGAAUAAUAACAGUAUUACAGCAGAAGGCUGUGCUGCUCUGACUUCAGCGUUUAAUUCAAACCCAUCAAACCUGAUAGAGCUCGAUCUGAGUGGAAAUAAACUAGGAAACUCAGGAACUGAGGAGAUCUGUCCUCUGUUGGAAAAUACACAAUGCAGAUUGAUGAAACUGAAACUGUCAGACUGCAGUAUCACAGAAGAAGGUUAUAAAGCUCUGGCUUCAGCUCUGAAAUCAAACCCUUCACACCUGAUAGAGCUGGAUCUCACAGGAAAUGAUCCUGGACAAUCAGGAGUGAAGGAGCUCCAUGAUUUACUACAGGAUGAACACUGUAAAUUAAAGAUCAGGUUUUUGAAAAGUCCUGCUGCACAGGAAGCGUGUGAGUAUCUCACUAAAGUUCUGUGUAAAAGUCCAUUAUUACUGACAGAACUGGAUCUGAGUGAAGAUAAAUUAGGAGAUCUGGAUGGAGAGAAGCUCUCUGCUCUUUUGAUGGACUCUCAUAGCAAAGUGGAGAAAAUCAAGCUGAAUAAUUGUGAGCAGACAGAGACAAGCUGUUCAGUUCUAGCUACUGUUCUCUCCUCCAAAACCAUCCUGAAAGAGCUGAACCUGAACAAGAGCCGUCUGCUGGACUCAGGAGUCAAAGAGAUCUGUGAGGGACUGAAGAAUCCUGUGUGUGAGCUGAAGAUACUCAAACUUUCAGACUGCAGUAUCACAGAAGAAGGUUAUAAAUCUCUGGCUUCAGCUCUGAGAUCAAACCCUUCACACCUGAUAGAGCUGGAUCUCAAAGGAAAUGAUCCUGGACAAUCAGGAGUGAAGGACCUCAAUGAUUUACUACAGGAUCAGAACUGUCAACUCAAGAUACUGAGGUUUUUGGGUCCUGCUGCAGAUGAAGCCUGUCAGUAUGUGAGAGAAACUUUGGGUAAAAAUCCGUUACUCCAGAGAGAGCUGAAUCUGAGUAAACGUGAACUAGGAGACACACGAGUGAAUCAGAUCGCUGCUCUACUGCAGGAUAAACACUGUAAACUCAACACACUGAUGCUGUGUGAUUGUGGUCUAACAGAGGAAGGCUGUUCAGCUCUCACUACAGUCCUGACAUCAAACUCCAGUCUGAAAGAGCUUGACAUCAGCAACAAUAAUCUGCAGGAUUCAGGAGUGAAGAAACUCCAGAACGGAUUAGAAAAUACAAACUGCACGCUGGAGAAACUCAGACUUUCAGACUGCAGUAUCACAGAAGAAGGUUAUAAAGCUUUGGCUUCAGCUCUGAGAUCAAACCCUUCACACCUGAUAGAGCUGGAUCUCACAGGAAAUGAUCCUGGACAAUCAGGAGUGAAGGAGCUUGAUGAUGUACUACAGGAUCCAGGAUGUCAACUCAAGACUUUGAGGUUUUUGAGUCCUGCUGCAGAUGAAGACUGUCAGUUUAUGAACAAAGUUCUGGGUGAAAAUCUUUUACUCCUCAGAGAGCUGAAUCUGAGUGAACAUAAACUAGAACCCUCAGGAUUGAAGAAACUUGCUGCUGUACUGCCGGAUAAACACUGUAAGCUCAACACACUGAUUCUGAAUAACAGCAAUAUCACAGAUGAAGAUUGCCGUGUUCUGACUGAAGCUUUAAAUUCAAACCCAUCAAAUCUGACAGAGCUGAAUCUGAGUGGGACUGAACUGAGAGACUCAGGAUUGAAGAUCUUUUUUACGCUGUUCAAAAAUGAGCAGUGUCAACUGCAAAAGCUGAAGUUAAACUGCAGCAGUAUUACAGCAGAAGGUUGUUCUGUUCUGGCGUCAGCAUUUUGUUUAAACCUGAAAGAGCUGGAACUGAAUAAAAAUAAACUAGGAGACUCUGGAGUAACACAAAUCUCCACUCUACUGGGAAAUUCACAAUGUACACUGAAGAUACUCAGACUUUCAGACUGCAGUAUCAGUGAAGAAGGUUAUAAAUCUCUGGCUUCAGCUCUGAGAUCAAACCCUUCACACCUGAUAGAGCUGGAUCUCACAGGAAAUGAUCCUGGACAAUCAGGAGUGAAGGAGCUUGAUAAUUUACUACAGGAUCAGAAUUGUCAACUCAAUACACUGAGGUUUUUGGGUCCUGCUGCAGAUGAAGCCUGUCAGUAUUUGACUGGAAUUGUGGGUGAAAACCCGUUACUCCUGAGAGAGCUGAAUCUGAGUGGACAUAAACUAGGAGACACACAAGUGAAUCAGAUCGCUGCUCUACUGCAGGAUAAACACUGUAAACUCAAAACACUGAUGAUGAAUAAUAACAGUAUUACAGCAGAAGGUUGUGCUGCUCUGACUUCAGCGCUUAAUUCAAACACUUCAAACCUGACAGAGCUGGAUCUGAGUGGAAAUAAACUAGAAAACUCAGGAAUGGAGAAGAUCUGUCAUCUGAUGAAAAAUACACAAUGCAGUUUGGAGAGACUAAAACUUUCAGACUGCAGUAUCACAGAAGAAGGUUAUAAAGCUCUGGCUUCAACUCUGAGAUCAAACCCUUCACACCUGAUAGAGCUGGAUCUCACAGGAAAUGAUCCUGGACAAUCAGGAGUGAAGGAGCUCACUGAUAUACUACAGAGUGUGCACUAUAAAUUGAAAACCAUCAGGUUUCUGAAAAGUCCUGCUGCACUGGAAGCGUGUGAGUAUCUCACUAAUGUUCUGAGUAUAAGUCCAUUAUUACUGACAGAACUGGAUCUGAGUGAAGAUAAAUUAGAAGAUCUGGAUGGAGAGAAGCUCUCUGCUCUUUUGAUGGAUUCUCAUAGUAAAGUGGAGAAAAUCAAGCUGAAUAAUUGUGGUCUGACAGAGAAAAGCUGUUCAGUUCUAGCUACUGUUCUCUCCUCCAAAACCAUCCUGAAAGAGCUGAACCUGAACAACAGCCGUCUGCUGGACUCAGGAAUCAGAGAGAUCUGUGAGGGACUGAAGAAUCCUGUGUGUCAGCUGAAGAUACUCAAGCUCAGUGAGUGUUUUCUAACAAAGGAAAGCUGUUCAGCUCUGGCUUCAGUUCUCAGUUCAGACUCCAGCAGUCUGAAGGAUCUUGACCUGAGCAAUAAUCAGAAUUUACAGGAUUCGGGAGUGAAGCUGCUCUCUAAUGGACUGAAAGCAAACUGUAAACUGGAGAAACUCAUACUUUCAAACUGCAGUAUCACAGAAGAAGGUUAUAAAUCUCUGGCUUCAGCUCUGAGAUCAAACCCUUCACACCUGAUAGAGCUGGAUCUCACAGGAAAUGAUCCUGGACAAUCAGGAGUGAAGGAGCUCAAUGAUUUACUACAGGAUCAGAACUAUCAACUCAAGACACUGAGGUUUUUGGGUCCUGCUGCAGAUGAAGCAUGUCAGUAUGUGAGAGACAUUGUGGGUAAAAAUCCGUUACUCCUGAGUGAGCUGAAUCUGAGUGGACAUAAAUUAGGAGACACACAAAUGAAUCAGAUUGCUGCUCUACUGCAGGAUAAACACUGUACAGUCAACAGACUGAUGCUGAAUAAUAACAGUAUUACAGCAGAAGGUUGUGCUGCUCUGACUUCAGCAUUUAAUUCAAACCCUUCAAACCUGAUAGAGCUGGAUCUGAGUGGAAAUAAACUAGGAAACUCUGGAAUAAUGAAGAUCUGUCAUCUGUUGGAAAAUACAGAAUGCAGAUUGAUGAAACUGAAACUUUCAGACUGCAGUAUCACAGAAAAAGGAUAUAAAACUUUGACUUCAUCUCUGAAAUCAAACUCAAACCUGAUAGAACUGGAUCUCACAGCAAAUAAUCCUGGACGAUCAGGAGUGAAGGGGCUCAUUGAUUUACUGCGUCUUGAAUGCUGUGAAUUAAAGACCAUCAGGUUUCUGAAAAGUCCUGCUGCACAGGAAGCGUGUGACUAUCUCACUGAAGUUCUGGGUAAAAGUCCAUUAUUACUGACAGAACUGGAUCUGAGUGAAGAUAAAUUAGGAGAUCUGGAUGGAGAGAAACUCUCUGCUCUUUUGAUGGAUUCUCAUAGCAAAGUGGAGAUAAUCAAGCUGAAUAAUUGUAAGCUGAUAGAGAAAAUCUGUUCAGUUCUAGCCACUGUUCUCUCCACCAAAACCAUCCUGAAAGAGCUGAACCUGAACAAUAGCCGUCUGCUGGACUCAGGAGUCAAAGAGAUCUGUGAGGGACUGAAGAAAUCAACACUGAAGAUACUCAAACUUUCAAACUGCAGUAUCACUGAAGAAGGUUAUAAAGCUCUGGCUUCAGCUCUGAAAUCAACCUCACAUCUGUUAGAGCUGGAUCUCACAGGAAAUGAUCCUGGACGAUCAGGAGUGAAAGAACUCAUUGAUUUACAGAGUUGGUGGUAUUCAUUUAAAAGACUGAGGACUACAACACUGGUCUUCAAGUUUUUGGGUCCUGAUGCAGAUAAAGCCUGUCAGUAUUUGACUGGAAUUGUGGAUAAAAACCCGUUACUCCUGAGUGAGCUGAAUCUGAAUGGACGUAAACUAGGAGACACACGAGUGAAUCAGAUUGCUGCUCUACUGCAGGAUAAACACUGUAAACUCAACACACUGAAGCUGUGUGAUUGUGGUCUAACAGAGGAAAACUGUUCAGCUCUCGCUACAGUCCUGACAUCAAACUCCAGUCUGAAAGAGCUUGACAUCAGCAGCAAUAAUCUGCAGGAUUCAGGAGUGAAGAAACUCCAGAACGCAUUCGAAAAUACAAACUGCACACUGGAGAAACUCAGACUUUCAGACUGCAGUAUCACAGAAGAAGGUUAUAAAGCUCUGGCUUCAGCUCUGAGAUCAAACCCUUCUUCACACCUGAUAGAGCUGGAUCUCACAGGAAAUGAUCCUGGACAAUCAGGAGUGAAGGAGCUCAAUGAUUUACUACAGGAUGACAAGUGUCAACUCAAGACACUGAGGUUUUUGGGUCCUAAAGCAGAUAAAGCAUGUCAGUAUGUGAGAGGAAUUGUGGGUGAAAACCCGUUACUCCUGAGUGAGCUGAAUCUGAGUGAACGUAAACUAGGAAACAUAAACGUGAAUCAGAUCGCUGCUCUACUGCAGGACAAACACUGUACAGUCAAAACACUGAUGCUGAAUAAUAACAGAAUUACAGCAGAAGGUUGUGCUGCUCUAACUUCAGCUUUUAAUUCAAACCCUUCAAACCUGAUAGAGCUGGAUCUGAGUGGAAAUAAACUAGAAAACUCAGGAAUGGAGAAGAUCUGUCAUCUGUUUAAAAAUACACAAUGCAGAUUGGAGAGAUUGAAGCUGUGUGAUUGUGGUCUAACAGAGGAAAACUGUUCAGCUCUCGCUACAGUCCUGAGAUCAAACUCCAGUCUGAAAGAGCUUGAUAUCAGCAACAAUAAUCUGCAGGAUUCAGGAGUGAAGAAACUCCAGAACGCAUUAGAAAAUACAAACUGCACACUGGAGAAACUCAGACUGUCAGACUGCAGUAUCAGAGAAGAAGGUUAUAAAGCUCUGGCUUCAGCUCUGAGAUCAAACCCUUCACACCUGAUAGAGCUGGAUCUCACAGGAAAUGAUCCUGGACAAUCAGGAGUGAAGGAGCUUGAUGAUUUACUACAGGAUCAGAAGUGUCAACUCAAUACACUGAGGUUUUUGGAUCGUGAUGCAGAUGAAGCCUGCCAGUUUGUGACUGGAAUUGUGGGUAAAAACCCGUUACUCCUGAGAAAGCUAAAUCUGAGUAAACGUGAACUAGGAGACAAAAAUGUGAAGCAGAUCGCUGCUCUACUGCAGGACAAACACUGUACAGUCAAAACACUGCAGCUGAAUAAUAACAGUAUUACAGCAGAAGGUUGUGCUGCUUUAACUUCAGCGUUUAAUUCAAACCCUUCAAACCUGAUAGAGCUGGAUCUGAGUGGAAAUAAACUAGGAAACUCAGGAAUGGAGAAGAUCUGUCUUCUGUUGAAAAAAACACAAUGCAAAAUGGAAAAACUGAAACUUUCAGACUGCAGUAUCACAGAAGAAGGUUAUAAAGCUCUGGCUUCAGCUCUGAGAUCAAACCCUUCACACCUGAUAGAGCUGGAUCUCACAGGAAAUGAUCCUGGACAAUCAGGAGUGAAGGAGCUCAAUGAUUUACUACAGGAUGAACACUGUUCAUUAAAGUCCAUCAAGUUUCUGAAGAGUACUGCUGCAAUGGAGGUGUGCGAGUAUCUUACUAAAGUUCUGGGUAAAAGUCCAUUAUUACUGACAGAACUGGAUCUGAGUGAAGUGAAAUUAGGAGAUCUGGAUGGAGAGAAACUCUCUGCUCUUUUGAUGGACUCUCAUAGCAAAGUGGAGAAAAUCAAGCUGAAUAAUUGUAAGCUGACAGAGAAAAGCUGUUCAGUUCUAGCUACUGUUCUCUCCUCCAAAACCAUCCUGAAAGAGCUGAACCUGAACAACAGCCGUCUGCUGGACUCAAGAGUCAAAGAGAUCUGUGAGGGACUGAAGAAAUCAACGCUGAAGAUACUCAAGCUCAGUGAGUGUGAUCUAACAGAGGAAAGCUGUUCAGCUCUUGCUUCAGUUCUCAGUUCAGACUCCAGCUAUCUGAAGGAUCUUGACUUGAGUAAUAAUAAUCUCCAGGAUUCAGUAGUGAAGCUGUUCUCUGAUGGACUGAAAAAUAACUGUAAACUGGAGAAACUCAGACUUUCAGACUGCAGUAUCACAGAAGAAGGUUAUAAAGCUCUGGCUUCAGCUCUGAGAUCAAACCCUUCACACCUGAUAGAGCUGGAUCUCACAGGAAAUGAUCCUGGACGAUCAGGAGUGAAGGAGCUCAAUGAUUUACUACAGGAUGACUCCUGUAAAUUAACCAUCAGAUAUUUGAAAUGUCCUGCUGCACAGGAAGCGUGUGAGUAUCUCACUAAAGUUCUGGGUAAAAGUCCAUUAUUACUGACAGAACUGGAUCUGAGUGAAGAUAAAUUAGGAGAUCUGGAUUGGGAGAAUCUCUCUGCUCUUUUGAUGGACUCUCAUAGUAAAGUGGAGAAAAUCAAGCUGAAUAAUUGUGGUCUGACAGAGAAAAGCUGUUCAGUUUUAGCUACUGUUCUCUCCUCCAAAACCAUCCUGAAAGAGCUGAACCUGAACAAGAGCCGUCUGCUGGACUCAGGAGUCAAAGAGAUCUGUGAGGGACUGAAGAAUGCUGUGUGUGAGCUGAAGAUACUCAAACUUUCAGACUGCAGUAUCACAGAAGAAGGUUAUAAAGCUCUGGCUUCAGCUCUGAGAUCAAACCCUCUAUCACACCUGAUAGAGCUGGAUCUCACAGGAAAUGAUCCUGGACAAUCAGGAGUGAAGGAGCUCAAUGAUUUACUACAGGAUCCAGACUGUCAACUCAAGACACUGAGGUUGUUACAAAGUCCUGAUGCAGAAGAAGCCUGUAAAUAUCUGACUGAAGAUCUUCACAUUAAAAACCUGUUACUUCUGAGAGAGCUGAAUCUGAGUGGAUGUGAACUAGGAGACACACGAGUGAAUCAGAUCGCUGCUCUACUGCAGGAUAAACACUGUACAGUCAACAGACUGAUGAUGCGUGAUUGUGGUCUAACAGAGAAAAGCUGUUCAGCUCUCGCUACAGUCCUGAGAUCAAACUCCAGUCUGAAAGAGCUUGACAUCAGCAACAAUAAUCUGCAGAAUUCAGGAGUGAAGAAACUCCAGAAGGGAUUAGAAAAUAUAAACUGCACACUGGAGAAACUCAGACUUUCAGACUGCAGUAUCACAGAAGAAGGUUAUAAAGCUCUGGCUUCAGCUCUGAGAUCAAACCCUUCACACCUGAUAGAGCUGGAUCUCACAGGAAAUGAUCCUGGACAAUCAGGAGUGAAGGAGCUUGAUGAUUUACUACAGAAUCAGAACUGUCAACUCAAGACACUGAGGUUUUUGGGUCCUGCUGCAGAUAAAGCCUGUCAGUAUGUGAGAGGAAUUGUGGGUAAAAACCCAUUAAUUCUGAGAGAGCUGAAUCUGAGUGAAUGUGAACUAAAAGACACACGAGUGCAUCAGAUCGCUGCUCUACUGAAGGAUAAACACUGUAAACUCAACACACUGAUUCUGAAUAACAGUGAUAUCACAUCAGAAGAUUGUCGUGUUCUGACUGAAGCUUUAAAUACAAACCCGUCAAAUCUGACAGAGCUGAAUCUGAGUGGGACUAAACUCAGAGACUCAGGAAUGAAGAUCUUAUUGACUCUGUUUGAGAAUGAACAGUGUAGACUGAAAAAGCUGAAGUUUAACUGCAUCAGUAUUACAGCAGAAGGUUGUGCUGCUCUGACUAAAGCUUUUAAUUCAAGCCCUUCAAACCUGAUAGAGCUGGAUCUGAGUGGAAAUAAACUAGGAGACUCUGGAGUAACACAAAUCUCCAAUGUACUUGGAAAUCCACAGUGUGCACUACAGAUACUCAGACUUUCAGACUGCAGUAUCACAGAAGAAGGUUAUAAAGCUCUGGCUUCAGCUCUGAGAUCAAACCCUUCACACCUGACAGAGCUGGAUCUCACAGGAAAUGAUCCUGGACAAUCAGGAGUGAAGGAGCUCGAUGAUUUACUACAGGAUCAGAAGUGUCAGCUCAAGACACUGAGGUUUUUGGGUCCUGAAGCAGAUAAAGCCUGCCAGUAUGUGAGAGGAAUUGUGGGUAAAAACCCGUUACUCCUGAGAGAGCUGAAUCUGAGUGGACGUAAACUAGGAGACACACAAGUGAAUCAGAUCGCUGCUCUACUGCAGGACAAACACUGUACAGUCAACACACUGAUGAUGAAUAAUAACAGUAUUACAGCAGAAGGUUGUGCUGCUCUGACUUCAGCGCUUAAUUCAAACCCUUCAAACCUAAUAGAGCUGGAUCUGAGUGGAAAUAAACUAGGAGACUCAGGAAUUGAGAAGAUCUGUCUUCUGUUGAAAAAUACACAAUGCAGAUUAGAGAAACUGAAACUUUCAGACUGCAGUAUCAGUGAAGAAGGUUAUAAAGCUCUGGCUUCAGCUCUGAGAUCAAACUCUUCACACCUGAUAGAGCUGGAUCUCACAGGAAAUGAUCCUGGACAAUCAGGAGUGAAGGAGCUCAAUGAUUUACUACAGAAUGACUCCUGUAAAUUAACCAUCAGGUUUUUGAAAAGUCCUGCUGCGCAGAAAGCAUGCGAGUAUCUCACUAAAGUUCUGGGUAAAAGUCCAUUAUUACUGACAGAACUGGAUCUGAGUGAAGAUAAAGUAGGAGAUCUGGGUGGAGAAAAGCUUUCUGAUCUUUUGAUGGACUCUCAUAGCAAAGUCGUGAAAAUCAAGCUGAAUAAUUGUGAGCUGACAGAGAAAAGCUGUUCAGUUCUAGCUACUGUUCUCUCCUCCAAAACCAUCCUGAAAGAGCUGAACCUGAACAACAGCCGUCUGCUGGACUCAGGAGUCAGAAAGAUCUGUGGGGGACUGAAGAAUGCUGUGUGUGAGCUGGAGAUACUCAAACUUUCAGACUGCAGUAUCACAGAAGAAGGUUAUAAAGCUCUGGCUUCAGCUCUGAGAUCAAACCCUUCACACCUGAUAGAGCUGGAUCUCACAGGAAAUGAUCCUGGACAAUCAGGAGUGAAGGAGCUUGAUGAUGUACUACAGGAUCAGAACUGUCAGAAGACACUGAGGUUCUUGGGUCAUGAUGCUGAUGAAGCCUGUCAGUAUGUGAAAGGAAUUGUGGGUAAAAAUCCCUUAUUCCAGAGAGAGCUGAAUCUGAAACAUAAACUUGACUUUAAAAUAGUAAAGCAGUUCGCUGCUCUACUGCAGGAUAAACAUUGUCAGCUCAACAAACUUCAGCUGAAUAAUAACAGUAUUACAGCAGAAGGUUGUGCUGCUCUGACUUCAGCGCUUAAUUCAAACCCUUCAAACCUGAUAGAGCUGGAUCUGAGUGGAAAUAAACUAGGAAACUCAGGAAUUGAGGAGAUCUGUCCUCUGUUGAAAAAUACACAAUGCAAAAUGGAAAAACUGAAACUUUCAGACUGCAGUAUCACAGAAGAAGGUUAUAAAGCUCUGGCUUCAGCUCUGAGAUCAAACCCUUCACACCUGAAAGAGCUGGAUCUCACAGGAAAUGAUCCUGGACAAUCAGGAGUGAAGGAGCUUGAUGAUUUACUACAGGAUAAACGCUGUUCAUUAAAGACCAUCAGGUUUCUGAAAAGUCCUGCUGCACAGGAAGCGUGUGAGCAUCUCACUAAAGUUCUGGGUAAAAGUCCAUUAUUACUGACAGAACUGGAUCUGAGUGAAGAUAAAUUAGAAGAUCUGGAUGGAGAGAAGCUCUCUGAUCUUUUGAUGGACUCUCAUAGCAAAGUGGUGAAAAUCAAGCUGAAUAAUUGUGAGCAGACAGAGAACAGCUGUUCAGUUCUAGCUACUGUUCUCUCCUCCAAAACCAUCCUGAAAGAGCUGAACCUGAACAACAGCCGUCUGCUGGACUCAGGAGUCAAUGAGAUCUGUGAGGGACUGAAGAAUCCUGUGUGUGAGCUGGAGAUACUCAAACUUUCAGACUGCAGUAUCACAGAAGAAGGUUAUAAAGCUCUGGCUUCAGCUCUGAAAUCAAACCCUUCACACCUGAUAGAGCUGGAUCUCACAGGAAAUGAUCCUGGACAAUUUGGAGUGGAGCACCUCAUUAAUGUACAAAAGACUUUCUGCCGUUCACUGAAAACACUGAGGAUAUUACAAAGCCCUGCAGCAGAUGAAGCCUGUCAGUAUGUGAGAGAAACUUUGGGUAAAAAUCCGUUAUUCCUCAGUGAGCUGAAACUGAGUGGAGAUAAAGUAGGAGACACACGAGCGAAUCAGAUUGCUGCUUUACUGCAGGACAAACACUGUACAGUCAACACACUGAUACUGCGUAAUUGUGGUCUAACAGAGGAAAGCUGUUCAGCUCUUGCUGCAGUCCUGAGAUCAAACUCCAGUCUGAAAGAGCUUGACAUCAGCAACAAUAAUCUGCAGGAUUCAGGAGUGAAGAAGCUCCAGAACGGAUUAGAACACAAAAACUGCACACUGGAGAAACUCAGACUUUCAGACUGCAGUAUCACAGAAGAAGGUUAUAAAGCUCUGGCUUCAGCUCUGAGAUCAAACCCUUCACACCUGAUAGAGCUGGAUCUCACAGGAAAUGAUCCUGGACAAUCAGGAGUGAAGGAGCUUGAUGAUGUACUACAGGAUCCAGGAUGUCAACUCAAGACACUGAGGUUUUUGAGUCCUCCUGCAGAUGAAGCCUGUCAGUUUAUGAACAAAGUUCUGGGUGAAAAUCUUUUACUCCUCAGAGAGCUAAAUCUGAGUGAACAUAAACUAGAACCCUCAGGAUUGAAGAAACUUGCUGCUGUACUGCCGGAUAAACACUGUAAGCUCAACACACUGAUUCUGAAUAACAGCAAUAUCACAGAUGAAGAUUGUCGUGUUCUGACUGAAGCUUUAAAUUCAAACCCAUCAAAUCUGACAGAGCUGAAUCUGAGUGGGACUGAACUGAGAGACUCAGGAUUGAAGAUCUUUUUUACGCUGUUCAAAAAUGAGCAGUGUCAACUGCAAAAGCUGAAGUUAAACUGCAGCAGUAUUACAGCAGAAGGUUGUUCUGUUCUGGCGUCAGCAUUUUGUUUAAACCUGAAAGAGCUGGAACUGAAUAAAAAUAAACUAGGAGACUCUGGAGUAACACAAAUCUCCACUCUACUGGGAAAUUCACAAUGUACACUGAAGAUACUCAGACUUUCAGACUGCAGUAUCAGUGAAGAAGGUUAUAAAUCUCUGGCUUCAGCUCUGAGAUCAAACCCUUCACACCUGAUAGAGCUGGAUCUCACAGGAAAUGAUCCUGGACAAUCAGGAGUGAAGGAGCUUGAUAAUUUACUACAGGAUCAGAAUUGUCAACUCAAGACACUGAGGUUUUUGAGUCCUCCUGCAGAUGAAGCCUGUCAGUUUAUGAACAAAGUUCUGGGUGAAAAUCUUUUACUCCUCAGAGAGCUGAAUCUGAGUGAACAUAAACUAGAACCCUCAGGAUUGAAGAAACUUGCUGCUGUACUGCCGGAUAAACACUGUAAGCUCAACACACUGAUUCUGAAUAACAGCAAUAUCACAGAUGAAGAUUGUCGUGUUCUGACUGAAGCUUUAAAUUCAAACCCAUCAAAUCUGACAGAGCUGAAUCUGAGUGGGACUGAACUGAGAGACUCAGGAUUGAAGAUCUUUUUUACGCUGUUCAAAAAUGAGCAGUGUCAACUGCAAAAGCUGAAGUUAAACUGCAGCAGUAUUACAGCAGAAGGUUGUUCUGUUCUGGCGUCAGCAUUUUGUUUAAACCUGAAAGAGCUGGAACUGAAUAAAAAUAAACUAGGAGACUCUGGAGUAACACAAAUCUCCACUCUACUGGGAAAUUCACAAUGUACACUGAAGAUACUCAGACUUUCAGACUGCAGUAUCAGUGAAGAAGGUUAUAAAUCUCUGGCUUCAGCUCUGAGAUCAAACCCUUCACACCUGAUAGAGCUGGAUCUCACAGGAAAUGAUCCUGGACAAUCAGGAGUGAAGGAGCUUGAUAAUUUACUACAGGAUCAGAAUUGUCAACUCAAGACACUGAGGUUUCUGAAAAGCCCUGCUGCACAGGAAGCGUGUGAGUAUCUCAUGAAAGUUCUGGGUAAAAGUCCAUUAUUACUGACAGAACUGGAUCUGAGUGACGAUAAAUUAGGAGAUCUGGAUGGGGAGAAGCUCUCUGCUCUUUUGAUGGACUCUCAUAGUAAAGUGGAGAAAAUCAAGCUGAAUAAUUGUGAGCAGACAGAGAACAGCUGUUCAGUUCUAGCUACUGUUCUCUCCUCCAAAACCAUCCUGAAAGAGCUGAACCUAAACAGUAGCCAUCUGCUGGACUCAGGAGUCAAUGAGAUCUGUGAGGGACUGAAGAAUCCUGUGUGUCAGCUGGAGAUACUCAAGCUCAGUGAGUGUUUUCUAACAAAGGAAAGCUGUUCAGCUCUGGCUUCAGUUCUCAGUUCAGACUCCAGCAGUCUGAAGGAUCUUGACCUGAGCAAUAAUCAGAAUUUACAGGAUUCGGGAGUGAAGCUGCUCUCUAAUGGACUGAAAGCAAACUGUAAACUGGAGAAACUCAUACUUUCAAACUGCAGUAUCACAGAAGAAGGUUAUAAAUCUCUGGCUUCAGCUCUGAGAUUAAACCCUUCACACCUGAUAGAGCUGGAUCUCACAGGAAAUGAUCCUGGACAAUCAGGAGUGAAGGAGCUCAAUGAUUUACUACAGGAUCAGAACUAUCAACUCAAGACACUGAGGUUUUUGGGUCCUGCUGCAGAUGAAGCCUGUCAGUACGUGAGAGGAAUUGUGGGUAAAAAUCCGUUACUCCUGAGAAAGCUGAAACUGAGUGGAUGUGAACUAGGAGACACACAAGUGAAUCAGAUUGCUGCUCUACUGCAGGAUAAACACUGUACAGUCAACAGACUGAUGCUGAAUAAUAACAGUAUUACAGCAGAAGGUUGUGCUGCUCUGACUUCAGCGUUUAAUUCAAACCCUUCAAACCUGAUAGAGCUGGAUCUGAGUGGAAAUAAACUAGGAAACUCUGGAAUAAUGAAGAUCUGUCAUCUGUUGGAAAAUACACAAUGCAGAUUGAUGAAACUGAAACUUUCAGACUGCAAUAUCACAGAAGAAGGAUAUAAAACUUUGACUUCAUCUCUGAAAUCAAACUCAAACCUGAUAGAACUGGAUCUCACAGCAAAUAAUCCUGGACGAUCAGGAGUGGAGGGGCUCAUUGAUUUACUGCGUCUUGAAUGCUGUAAAUUAAAGACCAUCAGGUUUCUGAAAAGUCCUGCUGCACAGGAAGCGUGUGACUAUCUCACUGAAGUUCUGGGUAAAAGUCCAUUAUUACUGACAGAACUGGAUCUGAGUGAAGAUAAAUUAGGAGAUCUGGAUGGAGAGAAACUCUCUGCUCUUUUGAUGGACUCUCAUAGCAAAGUGGAGAAAAUCAAGCUGAAUAAUUGUAAGCUGAUAGAGAAAAGCUGUUCAGUUCUAGCCACUGUUCUCUCCUCCAAAACCAUCCUGAAAGAGCUGAACCUGAACAACAGCCGUCUGCUGGACUCAGGAGUCAAAGAGAUCUGUGAGGGACUGAAGAAAUCAACACUGAAGAUACUCAAACUUUCAAACUGCAGUAUCACUGAAGAAGGUUAUAAAGCUCUGGCUUCAGCUCUGAAAUCAAACUCAAAUCUGUUAGAGCUGGAUCUCACAGGAAAUGAUCCUGGACGAUCAGGAGUGAAAGAACUCAUUGAUUUACAGAGUUGGUGGUAUUCGCUGAAAAGACUGAGGACUACAACACUGGUCUUCAAGUUUUUGGGUCCUGCUGCAGAUGAAGCCUGUCAGUAUUUGACUGGAAUUUUGGGUGAAAACCCGUUACUCCUGAGAGAGCUGAAUCUGAGUGGACGUAAACUAGGAGACACACGAGUGAAUCAGAUCGCUGCUCUACUGCAGGAUAAACACUGUAAACUCAACAAACUGAUGCUGUGUGAUUGUGUUCUAACAGAGGAAAGCUGUUCAGCUCUCGCUACAGUCCUGAGAUCAAACUCCAGUCUGAAAGAGCUUGACAUCAGCAACAAUAAUCUGCAGGAUUCAGGAGUGAAGAAACUCCAGAAUGCAUUAGAAAAUACAAACUGCACUCUGGAGAAACUCAGACUUUCAGACUGCCGUAUCAGAGAAGAAGGUUAUAAAGCUCUGGCUUCAGCUCUGAGAUCAAACCCUUCACACCUGAUAGAGCUGGAUCUCACAGGAAAUGAUCCUGGACAAUCAGGAGUGAAGGAGCUCGAUGAUUUACUGCAGGAUGACAAGUGUCAACUCAAGACACUGAGAUUUUUGGGUCCUGGCGCAGAUAAAGCAUGUCAGUAUGUGAGAGGAAUUGUGACUGAAAACCCAUUACUCCUGAGAGAGCUGAAUCUGAGUAAACGUGAACUAGGAAACAUAAACGUGAAUCAGAUCGCUGCUCUACUGCAGGACAAACACUGUACAGUCAACACAGUGAUGCUGAAUAAUAACAGUAUUACAGCAGAAGGUUGUGCUGCUCUGACUUCAGCAUUUAAUUUAAACCCUUCAAACCUGAUAGAGCUGGAUCUGAGUGGAAAUAAACUAGGAAACUCAGGAAUUGAGAAGAUCUGUCAUCUGUUUAAAAAUACACAAUGCAGAUUGGAGAGACUGAAGCUGUGUGAUUGUGGUCUAACAGAGGAAAGCUGUUCAGCUCUCGCUACAGUCCUGAGAUCAAACUCCAGUCUGAAAGAGCUUGACAUCAGCAACAAUAAUCUGCAGGAUUCAGGAGUGAAGAAACUCCAGAACGCAUUAGAAAAUACAAACUGCACACUGAAGAAACUCAGACUUUCAGACUGCAGUAUCAGAGAAGAAGGUUAUAAAGCUCUGGCUUCAGCUCUGAGAUCAAACCCUUCACACCUGAUAGAGCUGGAUCUCACAGGAAAUGAUCCUGGACAAUCAGGAGUGAAGGAGCUUGAUGAUUUACUACAGGAUCAGAAGUGUCAACUCAAUACACUGAGGUUUUUGGGUCGUGAUGCAGAUGAAGCCUGCCAGUUUGUGACUGGAAUUGUGGGUAAAAACCCGUUACUCCUGAGAGAGCUGAAUCUGAGUAAACGUGAACUAGGAGACAGAAAUGUGAAGCAGAUCGCUGCUCUACUGCAGGACAAACACUGUACAGUCAAAACACUCCAGCUGAAUAAUAACAGUAUUACAGCAGAAGGUUGUGCUGCUCUGACUUCAGCGUUUAAUUCGAACCCUUCAAACCUGAAAGAGCUGGAUCUGAGUGGAAAUAAACUAGGAAACUCAGGAAUGGAGAAGAUCUGUCAUCUGAUGAAAAAUACACAAUGCAGAUUGAAGAAACUGAAACUUUCAGACUGCAGUAUCACAGAAGAAGGUUAUAAAUCUCUGGCUUCAGCUCUGAGAUUAAACCCUUCACACCUGAUAGAGCUGGAUCUCACAGGAAAUGAUCCUGGACAAUCAGGAGUGAAGGAGCUCAAUGAUUUACUACAGGAUCAGAACUGUCAACUCAAGACACUGAGGUUUUUGGGUCCUGCUGCAGAUGAAGCCUGUCAGUAUGUGAGAGGAAUUGUGGGUAAAAAUCCGUUACUCCUGAGAAAGCUGAAUCUGAGUGGAUGUGAACUAGGAGACACACAAGUGAAUCAGAUUGCUGCUCUACUGCAGGAUAAACACUGUACAGUCAACAGACUGAUGUUAAAUAAUAACAGUAUUACAGCAGAAGGUUGUGCUGCUCUGACUUCAGCAUUUAAUUCAAACCCUUCAAACCUAAUAGAGCUGGAUCUGAGUGGAAAUAAACUAGGAAACUCUGGAAUAAUGAAGAUCUGUCAUCUGUUGGAAAAUACACAAUGCAUAUUGGAGAAACUGAAACUUUCAGACUGCAGUAUCACAGAAGAAGGAUAUAAAACUUUGACUUCAUCUCUGAAAUCAAACUCAAACCUGAUAGAACUGGAUCUCACAGGUAAUGAUCCUGGACGAUCAGGAGUGGAGGGGCUCAUUGAUUUACUGCGUCUUGAAUGCUGUAAAUUAAAGACCAUCAGGUUUUUGAAAAGUCCUGCUGCACAGGAAGCAUGUGAGUAUUUCACUGAAGUUCUGGGUAAAAGUCCAUUAUUACUGACAGAACUGGAUCUGAGUGAAGAUAAAUUAGGAGAUCUGGAUGGAGAGAAACUCUCUGCUCUUUUGAUGGACUCUCAUAGCAAAGUGGAGAAAAUCAAGCUGAAUAAUUGUAAGCUGAUAGAGAAAAGCUGUUCAGUUCUAGCCACUGUUCUCUCCUCCAAAACCAUCCUGAAAGAGCUGAACCUGAACAACAGCCGUCUGCUGGACUCAGGAGUCAAAGAGAUCUGUGAGGGACUGAAGAAAUCAACACUGAAGAUACUCAAACUUUCAAACUGCAGUAUCACUGAAGAAGGUUAUAAAGCUCUGGCUUCAGCUCUGAAAUCAAACUCACAUCUGUUAGAGCUGGAUCUCACAGGAAAUGAUCCUGGACGAUCAGGAGUGAAAGAACUCAUUGAUUUACAGAGUUGGUGGAAUUUGCUGACAAUACUGAGGACUACAACACUGGUCUUCAAGUUUUUGGGUCCUGCUGCAGAUAAAGCCUGUCAGUAUUUGACUGGAAUUUUGGGUGAAAAUCCGUUACUCCUGAGAGAGCUGAAUCUGAGUGGACGUAAACUAGGAGACACACGAGUGAAUCAGAUCGCUGCUCUACUGCAGGAUAAACACUGUAAACUCAACAAACUGAUGAUGCGUGAUUGUGGUCUAACAGAGGAAAACUGUUCAGCUCUCGCUACAGUCCUGACAUCAAACUCCAGUCUGAAAGAGCUUGACAUCAGCAGCAAUAAUCUGCAGGAUUCAGGAGUGAAGAAACUCCAGAACGCAUUCGAAAAUACAAACUGCACACUGGAGAAACUCAGACUUUCAGACUGCAGUAUCACAGAAGAAGGUUAUAAAGCUCUGGCUUCAGCUCUGAGAUCAAACCCUUCUUCACACCUGAUAGAGCUGGAUCUCACAGGAAAUGAUCCUGGACAAUCAGGAGUGAAGGAGCUCAAUGAUUUACUACAGGAUGACAAGUGUCAACUCAAGACACUGAGGUUUUUGGGUCCUAAAGCAGAUAAAGCAUGUCAGUAUGUGAGAGGAAUUGUGGGUGAAAACCCGUUACUCCUGAGUGAGCUGAAUCUGAGUGAACGUAAACUAGGAAACGGAAACGUGAAUCAGAUCACUGCUCUACUGCAGGACAAACACUGUACAGUCAAAACACUGAUGCUGAAUAAUAACAGAAUUACAGCAGAAGGUUGUGCUGCUCUAACUUCAGCUUUUAAUUCAAACCCUUCAAACCUGAUAGAGCUGGAUCUGAGUGGAAAUAAACUAGAAAACUCAGGAAUGGAGAAGAUCUGUCAUCUGUUUAAAAAUACACAAUGCAGAUUGGAGAGAUUGAAGCUGUGUGAUUGUGGUCUAACAGAGGAAAACUGUUCAGCUCUCGCUACAGUCCUGAGAUCAAACUCCAGUCUGAAAGAGCUUGAUAUCAGCAACAAUAAUCUGCAGGAUUCAGGAGUGAAGAAACUCCAGAACGCAUUAGAAAAUACAAACUGCACACUGGAGAAACUCAGACUGUCAGACUGCAGUAUCAGAGAAGAAGGUUAUAAAGCUCUGGCUUCAGCUCUGAGAUCAAACCCUUCACACCUGAUAGAGCUGGAUCUCACAGGAAAUGAUCCUGGACAAUCAGGAGUGAAGGAGCUUGAUGAUUUACUACAGGAUCAGAAGUGUCAACUCAAUACACUGAGGUUUUUGGAUAGUGAUGCAGAUGAAGCCUGCCAGUUUGUGACUGGAAUUGUGGGUAAAAACCCGUUACUCCUGAGAAAGCUAAAUCUGAGUAAACGUGAACUAGGAGACAAAAAUGUGAAGCAGAUCGCUGCUCUACUGCAGGACAAACACUGUACAGUCAAAACACUCCAGCUGAAUAAUAACAGUAUUACAGCAGAAGGUUGUGCUGCUUUAACUUCAGCGUUUAAUUCAAACCCUUCAAACCUGAUAGAGCUGGAUCUGAGUGGAAAUAAACUAGGAAACACAGGAAUGGAGAAGAUCUGUCUUCUGUUGAAAAAAACACAAUGCAAAAUGGAAAAACUGAAACUUUCAGACUGCAGUAUCACAGAAGAAGGUUAUAAAGCUCUGGCUUCAGCUCUGAGAUCAAACCCUUCACACCUGAUAGAGCUGGAUCUCACAGGAAAUGAUCCUGGACAAUCAGGAGUGAAGGAGCUCAAUGAUUUACUACAGGAUGAACACUGUUCAUUAAAGUCCAUCAAGUUUCUGAAGAGUACUGCUGCAAUGGAGGUGUGCGAGUAUCUUACUAAAGUUCUGGGUAAAAGUCCAUUAUUACUGACAGAACUGGAUCUGAGUGAAGUGAAAUUAGGAGAUCUGGAUGGAGAGAAACUCUCUGCUCUUUUGAUGGACUCUCAUAGCAAAGUGGAGAAAAUCAAGCUGAAUAAUUGUAAGCUGACAGAGAAAAGCUGUUCAGUUCUAGCUACUGUUCUCUCCUCCAAAACCAUCCUGAAAGAGCUGAACCUGAACAACAGCCGUCUGCUGGACUCAAGAGUCAAAGAGAUCUGUGAGGGACUGAAGAAAUCAACGCUGAAGAUACUCAAGCUCAGUGAGUGUGAUCUAACAGAGGAAAGCUGUUCAGCUCUUGCUUCAGUUCUCAGUUCAGACUCCAGCUAUCUGAAGGAUCUUGACUUGAGUAAUAAUAAUCUCCAGGAUUCAGUAGUGAAGCUGUUCUCUGAUGGACUGAAAAAUAACUGUAAACUGGAGAAACUCAGACUUUCAGACUGCAGUAUCACAGAAGAAGGUUAUAAAGCUCUGGCUUCAGCUCUGAGAUCAAACCCUUCACACCUGAUAGAGCUGGAUCUCACAGGAAAUGAUCCUGGACGAUCAGGAGUGAAGGAGCUCAAUGAUUUACUACAGGAUGACUCCUGUAAAUUAACCAUCAGAUAUUUGAAAUGUCCUGCUGCACAGGAAGCGUGUGAGUAUCUCACUAAAGUUCUGGGUAAAAGUCCAUUAUUACUGACAGAACUGGAUCUGAGUGAAGAUAAAUUAGGAGAUCUGGAUUGGGAGAAUCUCUCUGCUCUUUUGAUGGACUCUCAUAGUAAAGUGGAGAAAAUCAAGCUGAAUAAUUGUGGUCUGACAGAGAAAAGCUGUUCAGUUUUAGCUACUGUUCUCUCCUCCAAAACCAUCCUGAAAGAGCUGAACCUGAACAAGAGCCGUCUGCUGGACUCAGGAGUCAAAGAGAUCUGUGAGGGACUGAAGAAUGCUGUGUGUGAGCUGAAGAUACUCAAACUUUCAGACUGCAGUAUCACAGAAGAAGGUUAUAAAGCUCUGGCUUCAGCUCUGAGAUCAAACCCUCUAUCACACCUGAUAGAGCUGGAUCUCACAGGAAAUGAUCCUGGACAAUCAGGAGUGAAGGAGCUCAAUGAUUUACUACAGGAUCCAGACUGUCAACUCAAGACACUGAGGUUGUUACAAAGUCCUGAUGCAGAAGAAGCCUGUAAAUAUCUGACUGAAGAUCUUCACAUUAAAAACCUGUUACUUCUGAGAGAGCUGAAUCUGAGUGGAUGUGAACUAGGAGACACACGAGUGAAUCAGAUCGCUGCUCUACUGCAGGAUAAACACUGUACAGUCAACAGACUGAUGAUGCGUGAUUGUGGUCUAACAGAGAAAAGCUGUUCAGCUCUCGCUACAGUCCUGAGAUCAAACUCCAGUCUGAAAGAGCUUGACAUCAGCAACAAUAAUCUGCAGAAUUCAGGAGUGAAGAAACUCCAGAAGGGAUUAGAAAAUAUAAACUGCACACUGGAGAAACUCAGACUUUCAGACUGCAGUAUCACAGAAGAAGGUUAUAAAGCUCUGGCUUCAGCUCUGAGAUCAAACCCUUCACACCUGAUAGAGCUGGAUCUCACAGGAAAUGAUCCUGGACAAUCAGGAGUGAAGGAGCUUGAUGAUUUACUACAGAAUCAGAACUGUCAACUCAAGACACUGAGGUUUUUGGGUCCUGCUGCAGAUAAAGCCUGUCAGUAUGUGAGAGGAAUUGUGGGUAAAAACCCAUUAAUUCUGAGAGAGCUGAAUCUGAGUGAAUGUGAACUAAAAGACACACGAGUGCAUCAGAUCGCUGCUCUACUGAAGGAUAAACACUGUAAACUCAACACACUGAUUCUGAAUAACAGUGAUAUCACAUCAGAAGAUUGUCGUGUUCUGACUGAAGCUUUAAAUACAAACCCGUCAAAUCUGACAGAGCUGAAUCUGAGUGGGACUAAACUCAGAGACUCAGGAAUGAAGAUCUUAUUGACUCUGUUUGAGAAUGAACAGUGUAGACUGAAAAAGCUGAAGUUUAACUGCAUCAGUAUUACAGCAGAAGGUUGUGCUGCUCUGACUAAAGCUUUUAAUUCAAGCCCUUCAAACCUGAUAGAGCUGGAUCUGAGUGGAAAUAAACUAGGAGACUCUGGAGUAACACAAAUCUCCAAUGUACUUGGAAAUCCACAGUGUGCACUACAGAUACUCAGACUUUCAGACUGCAGUAUCACAGAAGAAGGUUAUAAAGCUCUGGCUUCAGCUCUGAGAUCAAACCCUUCACACCUGACAGAGCUGGAUCUCACAGGAAAUGAUCCUGGACAAUCAGGAGUGAAGGAGCUCGAUGAUUUACUACAGGAUCAGAAGUGUCAGCUCAAGACACUGAGGUUUUUGGGUCCUGAAGCAGAUAAAGCCUGCCAGUAUGUGAGAGGAAUUGUGGGUAAAAACCCGUUACUCCUGAGAGAGCUGAAUCUGAGUGGACGUAAACUAGGAGACACACAAGUGAAUCAGAUCGCUGCUCUACUGCAGGACAAACACUGUACAGUCAACACACUGAUGAUGAAUAAUAACAGUAUUACAGCAGAAGGUUGUGCUGCUCUGACUUCAGCGCUUAAUUCAAACCCUUCAAACCUAAUAGAGCUGGAUCUGAGUGGAAAUAAACUAGGAGACUCAGGAAUUGAGAAGAUCUGUCUUCUGUUGAAAAAUACACAAUGCAGAUUAGAGAAACUGAAACUUUCAGACUGCAGUAUCAGUGAAGAAGGUUAUAAAGCUCUGGCUUCAGCUCUGAGAUCAAACUCUUCACACCUGAUAGAGCUGGAUCUCACAGGAAAUGAUCCUGGACAAUCAGGAGUGAAGGAGCUCAAUGAUUUACUACAGAAUGACUCCUGUAAAUUAACCAUCAGGUUUUUGAAAAGUCCUGCUGCGCAGAAAGCAUGCGAGUAUCUCACUAAAGUUCUGGGUAAAAGUCCAUUAUUACUGACAGAACUGGAUCUGAGUGAAGAUAAAGUAGGAGAUCUGGGUGGAGAAAAGCUUUCUGAUCUUUUGAUGGACUCUCAUAGCAAAGUCGUGAAAAUCAAGCUGAAUAAUUGUGAGCUGACAGAGAAAAGCUGUUCAGUUCUAGCUACUGUUCUCUCCUCCAAAACCAUCCUGAAAGAGCUGAACCUGAACAACAGCCGUCUGCUGGACUCAGGAGUCAGAAAGAUCUGUGGGGGACUGAAGAAUGCUGUGUGUGAGCUGGAGAUACUCAAACUUUCAGACUGCAGUAUCACAGAAGAAGGUUAUAAAGCUCUGGCUUCAGCUCUGAGAUCAAACCCUUCUCACCUGAUAGAGCUGGAUCUCACAGGAAAUGAUCCUGGACAAUCAGGAGUGAAGGAGCUCGAUGAUUUACUACAGGAUCAGAACUGUCAACUCAAGACACUGAGGUUGUUACAAAGUCCUGAUGCAGAAAAAGCCUGUAAAUAUCUGACUGAUGAUCUUCACAUUAAAAACCCGUUACUCCUGAGAGAGCUGAAUCUGAUUGGACGUAAACUAGGAGACACACGAGUGAAUCAGAUCGCUGCUCUACUGCAGGAUAAACACUGUAAACUCAACACACUGACGCUGCGUGAUUGUGUCUAA